UCAUCCGCUCUACGGUCUCCAUAAUUGAAGGGCAUCAGUCUAGUAGAGGGUGUCGCGUUUAAAAGUUCCAUAGGUGCAGACAUUAAUUAAAACAUGGGAGGACACGACGCCGGAAGCCAGCACCAGUUUACUGGUUUUGCCAAGUACUUUAACGCAUACACGAUCACAGGACGGAGGAAUUGUGUGUUGGCCACCUACGCUACCAUUGCCACGCUUGUCCUCUACUUCAAGUUGAAGCCCAAAAAGAAGGCUGUAACUGCAAGCUAGUUAUUCGAUUCUGUGUAUGCACUGUUGUAUAGUAUGGGUGAUGGAGUCUACAGCUUGGAUGUCCUAACAAUGAGACCACCUCUUUGAUUCCAACUUGUUGAAAAAAAAAAAAUGAAUAAAAUAAUAAUAAUAAAAGUUGUAUAAAACA